AAAUUUCGGUAUUUUUUUUGCUGUUUUAAUUUUUCUAACCUUCGUUACAAGAUCCAAAAAGAUAAAUUAAACAGGCCUAGUAAUGCUUUUGGUUUAAAAUGCCGAAAUACAGUCAUAACUGCUGGCUAACCACAAGAAUCUAAUAUACGAUGGCUUAUACCUUUUAUAAAAGUAGUAUGAUUUUAUAUAUGCUAACAGUCACGCAUUUAAUAAGUUUCGUUCUUCUAUUUUAAGCAUGUUAUAACGAUUGUCCUUUGUCACUGCCUCAUGUCUAUUCGCUUUUGUUUAUUAUACCCGGGUCUCUAUUACUCUGACCGAAGAAACGAAAUAAAGCCAUAAAAUAAACAGUAACGCAAACUUCCAACAGGCAAUGGUAGCUUAUACAACAGCUCAAUUAUCAGCGGUUUGUCUCAGUGAUAUCAUGGAACAACUACUUCAAUGGACUACUUCCUAGAAAUGUUGACAUUUUAUAGAAUUGCUUAAAUCGAUUGCGUUUGAUUGAAGGUAAACAAUAACACAGAACAUCAGAUACAGCUCAUUGUUUGUAUGCUAGGUGUAGCGACCACGCUUUUUUUACAAAUUAAAUUUUAAUACGUUUUUAUUCGUAAGCUUAUUUUAAUAAUAACAACUGUCAUUUUUCGCUAUACACUGGCUUUUCGUUUCAACCGGGUCAGUGCCAUGCAAGACACCUUUUUAAACGAUGUUGAUUUAGUGUUUGUACUUUGUACAGUAGACAUACGUAAGCGCAUAAAAAGUAAAUACAAAGCCAUGCAUCCCAUUUUGAAUAAAUUCUAGACAAUAAAAACGCUAAGAAAUUUUUAACAAUCUUUAAAUGUUUUACACAAUACUCCCCAUAAACAAUUAAAUUUAUAACCGCUUGAUUUAAUAAAUACGCGUUGCUAGCCUUAUUUUCUGCUUGAGCGAUUCUGGUUGGCAACAAUUCCAAAUAUGGCAACUAAGUUGCCGACCCUGCUUAACCCCAGUGACGUAUACACUGAUGACGUAUUGAGAUGCAUCAAAGGAACGAUACGAUCUGGGGAAAUACAUCACCGAUACGAUGCAAGCAAAGCGUCCGCGAGGAACAAUCAAACCUUUGUAACAUUGGUGGCGGACGAAGAAAAAGCAUGGAGGGAAAAAUUUGAGCGUCGCAAGAAAAACCUGACCUAUGGAUUUUUUGCCGAUAAAACCAAACCUUACCAAACAAUUGGUACCGUUUAUCUUGAGGCUGGUGACCUUGUGUUAAACUCGAUAACUGAAGAUGUAAAAUCUAAGAUCUCCCGUCUACCACGGCAUUACAAUGAAGUUUGGAAAAUGAACACAACUCGUAAAACGACGUCGCAACCAAAGAAAUCGAACUUUAUCGCUGGGAAGUUAAACCAGCAUUUAGAUGGGGGUGAAGCAAGUGCCGGGUUUACGAGCAUCAAGAUACGGUUGAAUGAAAUCACGCACAUGAGGAAAAGUAUUCAAGCAGAACAAAGUUUGAGUGGAUAUUUAAUGAAGAAGGAACACGAUCUUUAUCACAUAGAUAAGAAGGUGGGGUUGGAGAUGAAAUGUCCUCCCAAGAACAAUUGGAAGAUUGUAAGAACAAUAGGAAAGAUAAUGGGAGCCGUGAAACAUAGGGACACAGCAGCAGACCAGCUGAAGUCGAUCACAGGCACGGGCAGUGUCGUGGCACGAGCGUUCCGGAAGAAGAAACCUCAGAAGCCAGUGAUGAACAACGAUCUCGGAGAGAUGGAGGACCGUGAGGAAAUUCUGCAGAAGUUUCGCCACGAAAGAAAACAGAAAUAUUUGAUUCUAAAACUGCAGGCAUUAAAUUCAUUAUUCUGCUCCUUGUUUAACAUGAAAGUAAAGAUGUUAAGAGUCAGUGUAAGUGUUGGUGAUGUAACAGGUUGUAUAGUGAGGUCAUAAACAGCUUUGUUUGGUCAUAAAACAAUAAGAAGGUUUUAGGAAGAUUUUAGAAAGUAGUCAUUUAAGAAAAUAAUAUUUUAA